GAGGGAAAGGUCAUCCACAAUAUUUAAGGUCAACAUGUAACAUUAGCCUGCAUCAAAAUGGCGACUGUCGGAAGUAAACCGAGCGGCGUUGGAGGUGGAAGUUCAAUGCUCAAACAGGAUAAAACUCAACCUCAGUUUGAGGAUCGCUGGGAGGGCAUGAGGCCCACGGUACUCAAACUCUUGAGACAGGAGAAUGUGAGCAGAAAUGAAUGGCAUGACCUUUUCUGGGAGGUGUACUCUGUAUGUGUAUGGGAUGAUAAGGGAGUGGACAAGGUCAAUGAAGCACUCAAACAUGACAUCGUCGAGUUCGUCCAGCAAGCCAAACAGCGUGUCCUUCAUGACCAGGAUGAGUCGGCACUCCUGAAGGCCUACAUCAGGGAGUGGGGCAAGUACUUCACCCAGUGCGACUACCUUCCUAAGCCAUUCAAGCCCCUAGAGACGGCCACGGGGAAGGGGUCCGGUGCCCAGCAGAAGAAAGCCAAUCAGCAGAACGAGGAUUCUACAGUCAGAAAGUUGAUGCUAGAGAGUUGGAGUCACUACAUCUUCUCUAAGAUCAAACAGAAGCUCCAGGAGAGUGCCAUGGGGCUGGUACUAGCUGAGAGGAAUGGAGAAGCCUUUGAGAAACAGCUUGUUAUUGGUGUCCGAGAAUCAUAUGUUAAUUUAUGUUUGAACAGUGAAGAUAGACUGCAGAUAUACAAGGAGAACUUUGAGAAAGCUUACCUGGAUGCGACAGAAGCCUUCUACAAAGCUCAAGCUCCAAACUACCUAGCAGAAAAUGGUGUGCAGAACUACAUGAGAUAUGCGGACAGCAAACUAAAAGAGGAAGAAAUGAGAGCAAGCAGAUACCUUGACACGAGCAAAGGAAGUAACUCAAUGAGUUUAUUAACAGAGUGCUGUGUAGAAUGUCUAGUUUCGGUCUUCAAGGAGGAGAUUCUGAGAGAGUGUGCACCCAUGAUCAAGAACAAUGAAACAGACAAACUGAACCUGAUGCUAAAGCUGAUGGACAGAGUUCCAGAAGGCAUUAAUCCAAUGCUAAGAGAUCUUGAGCAGCACAUCAUCGAAGCAGGUCUUGCUGAUAUGGUGGCAGCGGCUGAGAUCAUCACCACAGAUUCAGAGAAGUAUGUAGAGAGGUUGUUAGAGUUAUUCCAUAGGUUCAGCAAUCUCGUCAAAGAGGCCUUCAACGAUGACCCAAGAUUCUUGACAUCAAGAGAUAAGGCUUACAGGCAUGUAGUCAAUGAUACCAAAGUCUUCCGGUUGGAGCUUCCAACAAAAAACAAGAGUGCUGUUAGUAAAGGGCAACCCGAGUCGAGAUGUCCGGAGCUACUAGCAAACUACUGUGACAUGCUUCUGAGAAAAACACCCCUCAGCAAGAGACUCACAUCGGAAGAGAUAGAAAGCAAACUUAGGAAUGUCCUUCUAGUACUGAAGUAUGUGCAGAACAAAGAUGUGUUCAUGAGGUACCAUAAAGCUCAUCUAACAAGACGAUUAAUACUGGACACAUCAGCUGACAGUGAGAAGGAGGAAAACAUGGUGGAAUGGCUCAGGGAGGUAGGGAUGCCAGCAGACUAUGUCAAUAAACUUGCCAGGAUGUUCCAAGACAUCAAAGUCUCAGAAGACCUAAACCAAUCCUUCAAGGAACUUCACAGAAACAACUAUGGCAAUGUAGCAGAUAACAUGAAUAUAAAAAUCCUCAAUGCCGGUGCAUGGUCUAGGAGUAGUGAGAGGGUGCCGUGCUCGUUACCAGUCGAGCUAGAAGAUUUCAUCCCCGAGGUAGAGGAAUUCUAUCGCAACAAGCACAACGGCAGGAAACUACAGUGGCAUCAUCUCAUGUCCAAUGGAAUAAUCACGAUGAAGAAUGAAGUCGGUAUGUUCGAUCUUGAAGUCACCACAUUUCAAAUGGCAGUACUAUACGCAUGGAACCAAAGACCCCUAGACAAGAUCUCACUGGAAAACCUGAGGCUUGCAACAGAAUUACCAGAUCAUGAACUCAGGAGAACGCUUUGGUCGUUGGUAGCCUUUGCCAAGUUAAAGAGACAAAUGGUUCUAAUGCAACCAGAGGCAAAGUCACCCAAGGAAUUCGUAGAUGGAACAGUGUUCUGGGUCAACCAAGAUUUUGCUGUCAUUAAGAAUGGGAAGCCACAGAAGCGAGGUAAGAUCAACCUGAUUGGAAGACUUCAGCUAUCUACGGAGAGGAGUACUGAAGAGGAUAAGGAAGGAAUCGUGCAACUCAGGAUUCUUAGAACUCAGGAGGCAAUAGUGAAGAUCAUGAAGAUGAGGAAGAAACUAAACAAUGCCCAGCUCCAGACUGAACUGGUAGAGAUCCUCAAGAACAUGUUCCUUCCGCAGAAGAAGAUGAUCAAAGAACAGAUAGAGUGGCUCAUAGAACACAAGUACAUGAAGAGAGACGAGGGUGACAUCAAUACCUUCAUAUACCUAGCUUAAUCACGCCGGUGCGAAUGGACUGAAUUAGCGGAUUGGUGUGAAUAUACUGGAAAUACCUUCAUAUAUCUAGCUUAAUCACACCAGUGUGAAUGGACUGGAUUAGCGGAUUGGUGUGAAUAUACUGGAAAUACCUUCAUAUAUCUAGCUUAAUCACACCGGUGUGAAUGGACUGGAUUAGCGGAUUGGUGUGAAUAUACUGAAAAUACCUUCAUCUAUCUAGCUUAAUCACGCCAGUGUGAAUGGACUGGAUUAGCGGAUUGGUGUGAAUAUACUGAAAAUACCUUCAUCUAUCUGGCUUAAUCACACCAGUGUGAAUGGACUGGAUUAGCAGAUUGGUGUGAAUAUACUGAAAAUACCUUCAUCUAUCUAGCUUAAUCACACCAGUGUGAAUGGACUGGAUUAGCAGAUUGGUGUGCAUAUACUGGAAAUACCUUCAUCUAUCUAGCUUAAUCACGCCAGCGUAAUUGGACUGAAUUAGCGGAUUGGUGUGAAUAUACUAGAAAGAGUUACAAGAGAUCUGAGGGAGAUAAGGAAACAAGAAAUGUUUAUCGUCAGGGAAAUUGAGAAGAGAAAGUUGUGACAAGAUGUGCAGAUGAAUGGAAUCGGUGUGCCCUCCAACCUUUGUUUCUGCUGAACCUUAAGAACAAUCCUGAUGCGGAACACCAUCACCAUCAUCCAUCUAUCCUAAAUAGGACAAUUAAUCAAUUGAUGUUAAUGUGAAUAUCCUGGAUUUAGAUAUAUAUAUAUAUAUAUUUAUUUCCAUGAAUUUGGAAGUGACCAUUCAUGAAGCAGAUCAAAAGACGAAGCAUCGAUGAGGUGUGAAGAUGGAUACAAUGAAUGUCUGCCCUCAAACCGUCUUUUGUCAUCUCGUACUAAAGAACAUGAUGAAGAAGAUAGUGACAUCCACAACAUCUAUCUACAUGUAGGGCAGUGUCAACAACCUUACCAGGGACCCAUUUCACAGAGCCUAUUUUCAAAGACAAAUGACAAAAAUCAGUGACAAAUUUGCUGAUAACCAAUCAGAAGCAAGAAUUUCAGUAGCUUAAUAUAACAAAAACUGUAAUUUGUCACUGAUGAGUUUUGUGAAACAGGGCCCUGAUGUAUUGAUGUGAAUACACUGGUAAGAGAGUCAUAUAUUUAUCUCAUUAGGUUGGAAGUGGCUAUUCAUUUCAGGUUUGCUACAAAAGUAAAUUGAUAAGAGAAAGGUAUAGCGAGAUGUGCAGAAGGUAGAAUCAAUGACCGAUUUUAACUGUCAUGUUGGGCUCAUUCUAAAAACAAUCCACAAGAAAGUGGUAAAUGUAACUGCAAACUCAUCAUAUAUCUAGCCUAAUCAAUAGACUGACUUUUGUGAAUAUACUGAACAGAGAAAAAUAUAUUUAUCUGUAUAAAGUUGGAAGCAAUCAUUCAUUUUGUAUUUGCUACAUGUUGUGGAGAUUUUUGAAAGAAACAUAAGGAAAGAGGCAAGGAUAAGAAGAGCAGCAUUAAUCUGCACACUGUACUAUUUGAUGCAAAAAUGAUCUGGGGCCCAUUUCACAAAUUCUUUUUUUCAAUGACAAAUUAAACAAAUUAGGUGACAAAUCUGCUGAUAACCAAUGAGAAGCAAGGAUUUUAGUAGCUUUUAACACAAACUGUCACUUGUCACUGAUGACAAGUUUUGUGAAAUGCCCCCCCCCCCCCCCGAUGUUGCAGCAUACUUGAUGGAAGAUUGUUAUUGAAUAUGGAUGCCUGUAAUUGGAGAGAGGAGAUGUAACAUGGUCUAGUGGUAUGGUCAGCUCUGUGCCGUUGCCUUCCUCCGACAAAGCUCGGUUAAAAACUGAGUUUUGUCUCUUUUAUGGUGACAUAAAGGUCGGUUCCAACUCCAAAGACGUAAAUAAUCAUACCUGAUUGAUACAUAUCUGUAAAAGCUCAAUUACAACAGAAAGCAAGCCUCAAAACAACUUCUGUGCUCAUAUUGUGAUGUAGUGCAGUUGUUUCAAUGUCCUCAACUGUAUAUGAUUCAUAGAACAGUAACAACCCUCCUAUCAUCAUCAUCUGUAGUGGAUCUGAGAAACGGUUCUGAUAUUGCAUUCUGAUUAAAUCAAGAUGCAAUGCAAUGUGGUUAAAUAUGAUCUGUGGAAUAAAUCGCAGUUAUCCAAAGAUUUGAUAUUGUAUCCAUACUGCUGGUCCUUUCGAUUGUAUGAACCAAGUGACAUAUAACGGUAAUAGUAAUUGAAUUAGAGCUUCAAAAUCUAUAAUGUAUGUUAGAGUCUAUUACACUGUAUUUCCUCCAGUCACCACAACUCAAUUGUAUGAAAAGGCAUGCCUUUGCUUUUUUAUCCUAUACAUUGCAUACCACAUCUGAUCGCCGAAUAGCCUUGCUA